AUGGAUCAGCAAAAGCUCGUCGAGCUCCUUCAGAGCUGUCAGAUUCCUGACACACAAAAGGUCAAGGCAGCCACUGCUGAGCUCAAGAGGAACUAUUACCCUCACCCCGACGCCCUGAUCGGUCUGCUCCACAUCCUUGUCUCCCACCCUGAGGAAAACGUCCGCCAACUGUCCGCUGUGCAAUCGCUGCGCCUCGUGCCGAAGCAUUGGGCCAAGAUCAAUGGCGACCAGAAGACUGCCAUUCGCAAUGAGAUCGUUCAGGCUGUCAUCCGCGAGCAGCAUGCCUUGGUCCGCCACGCCCUGUCGCGAGUCAUCGCCGCAGUCGCUGCACUUGACUUCGAGGAUGAAGAAUGGGCGGACCUACUCCCCGUCGUCUUCCAGUUGACCACAUCGGACAACGUCGCCCACCGCGAGGUUGGCUCCUAUAUCAUCUUCGCUCUUCUCGAGGCAAACCCUACCUAUUUCUCUGAGCAUCUGCCCAAAUUGUUCGAGUUGUUUGUCAAGACCAUCAAGGACCCACAGAGUCGCGAUGUCCGCCUCAACACCAUGCUGUCCAUCAGCUGCGUCCUCCUCCUGAUCGACGCCGAAGAGGAUGAGGCGUCGGCGGCCACGAUCCAGGAGUUCGUCCCCGCUAUGGUGGAUGUUCUCAAGGACUUCGUGGAGAACCACGAUGAGGACAGAACGCGACAAGCCUUUGAGGUCUUCCAGGCUUUCCUGGGCUAUGAGUCGUCUCUGCUGGCCAGGUACUUCCGGGACCUGUUGCAAUUUAUGCUCGAUCUAGCUGCCAACAAGAACGCCGAUGAGGAGGUUCGAAGCCAGGCCCUCGCCUUCCUGACACAAUGCGUCAGAUACCGUCGCAUGAAGAUUCAGGGAAUCCCCGACAUGGCCUCGCAGCUGACCAAGAAAGCCAUGAUGAUUCUCGGCGAAUUGGAGGAUGAUGAUGAUGAUGACGAUAUCACGCCCGCUAGAUCCGCGCUGGAGUUGAUCGAUCAGAUGUCGACCGAUUUGCCACCGCGUCAGGUUGUCGUGCCUCUUCUUGAUGACUUCCCCAAAUAUGCUAGUUCUGAAAAUGCAGGCUUCAGACGCGCGGCGGUUAUGUCACUUGGUGUAUGCGCAGAGGGAGCGCCGGACUUCGUGUCAACCCAGAUCCAGAGCCUGAUGCCCACUGUCAUUCAGCUGUUGAACGACUCCAACCGAUCUGUCCGCCACGACGCCUUGGUCAGUUUGAUGCGAAUGGGCGAGGACUUGGCCGAAACCAUGAAGGCCAACCACGAGCCCAUCAUGACCGCCCUGGUUAAGAACCUUGAGGCAGCCUCGGAGGACCAAAAUGACGAGAAGAACAUUGAGAUCAUUCGCUCCGUCUGUGGCUCCAUUGAUACCAUGUCUGAGGGCUUCGGCUCUGAGGUCAUGAACAAGUACGCUGAGGGACUCAUCAGCAGAGUAGGCCGCCUUUUGAAUCACCCGGACGUCAAGGUGAAGUCUGCUGCUGCUGGCGCGCUUGGUGCCGUGGCCUUAUCCAUCGAGAGUGCCUUCAAACCCUACCUCAAGGAUACCAUGGAGGCCAUGUCUAGCUACGUCAUGGCUGAGAGUGGCGAGGAUGAGCUGUCCCUCCGCAGCUCUGUAUGCGAUGCCAUGGGCCGCAUCGCUGUUGGUGUCGGCGCGGAGGAUUUCCAGCCGUACGUCAUGCCCCUGUUGACAGCCAGUGAAAAGGCUCUCGAUCUGGGUAACGCUCGCCUCCGUGAAACCACUUUUAUCCUCUGGAGUCAACUCGCUAGAGUCUAUGACGGAGACCUUGGUGCCGCCAUGGAAGGCAUCUUCAAAGGCCUCUUUGACAGUCUUGAGCUCGAGGAGGAAGACACUGAGCUGCCCGAAGAUAUAGAAGGCUUGAUUGAUGGCGACAUGGUCACUGGUGGCAAGAAGAUGAAGAUUAAGGCUUCCGAUGAAGGUGAAGAUGAAGAUGAGAUGGAUGACGACGACGACGAUUCUGAUUGGGAUGAUAUCGUUGGAGUCUCCGCCGCUGCAAUGGAGAAAGAAGUCGCCAUCGAGGUCCUAGGGGAUGUCAUCACCCACGCCAAGGAGAAAAGCGCCCCGUACCUUGAAAGGGCGGUCGAGCUGAUUACGCCCAUGGCCGAGCACACCUACGAAGGCUGCCGCAAGGCUGCAGUGUCGACCCUCUGGCGAACGUACGCAUGCGUAUGGCAGAUCAUGGAGCAACACACUGGGGUGAAAUGGGAAGCAGGGUUGCCUUUGAAGUUCGAGCCGGCCGCUAAUGUGGUCAAGCUUGGUGAAGUUGUUGCCAAUGCGACACAUCAAAUGUGGUCUGAUGAGUCUGACCGGGAUGUCGUUACUGAAAUCAACCGCAAUAUCGCCGCUACCUUGAAGACAUGUGGGCCCGCCAUUCUCGGCCAGAAGAACAUGAUGGAGCAAACCAUUACCUGUCUCGGCUGCAUUAUCACUCGUGCACAUCCCUGCCAGCAAGACCUAGGGGAUGAGGAGGAGGAGGCCGACGUCCAGGGUGGUACUUCCGAGUGGGACUGGCUCGUCAUCGAUACUGCUCUCGACGUGAUUAUUGGUCUUGCCGCUGCCCUUGGUCCUCAGUUUGCCGAGGUGUGGAAGGUAUUCGAGAAGCCGAUCAUGAAGCUCGUAUCAUCCAAUGAGUCGAUUGAGCGCUCCACCGCCGUCGGAGUCAUCGCUGAGUGUACCGCCUACAUGGGCGCUGCUGUUACGCCUUACACCAAGUCAUUGUUGCCCGCUAUGAUGCACCGCCUGUCGGACGAGGACAAGGAGACCAAGUCGAACGCCGCUUAUGCAGUGGGUCAGCUCAUCUACCACUCAACCGACAGCGCUACGUACCUGUCUUCGUACGUCCCCGUCUUAAGCAAGUUGGAGCCGCUCUUGCAGAUUAGUGAAAGUAGGCUGCAAGACAACGCUACCGGUUGCAUAUGCCGCAUGAUUCUGGCGCACCCCGACAAGGUGCCUCUGGCGGACGUGCUGCCCAUCAUCGUUGGUUUGCUGCCAUUGAAGGAGGAUUUCGAGGAGAACAAGCCCGUGUACGAAUGCAUUGGGAAGCUCUACGAGCUACAAAACCCUACCAUCCAGGCCCUUACUCCUCAGCUGAUGUCUGUCUUCGAGAAGGUCUUGGGCCCUCCUGAGGACCAGCUCGAGACCGACACUCGCCAGGGCAUAGAAGCACUGGUGCGCAUGAUCCGCAGCUCAUGA